AUCGGCUUUCUACAUCGUUUAUUUUUCGACCACUAUUUGUCCAGUAGGUAUCGAAAACCUACCUAGCGAGUGCACGCAGACAGGGUCAAAAUUGGACGCAGACCAAAACCACUCUCCCCGCGAUGUACAUGGAUGCAGGCAGGCAGAUACAAGCAGACGGACAGACAUGUGAUGGAUGGAUGGAUGGACACUGACUUUUUAUGCGUGUCCCUAUCUUUCCGCACCCAGACAAAAUCUUGACAAAACCAGCAACGAACACGGACACGGGGGCAAAAUUGGCAUUCAUAGACGGGUAGACACAACAUGCGCAAAAAAGAACCCGUAAAAAAGACUUCCGCACGCAAGACGACGGCGAUUUUCUGCGCCGACUCCCUCGCUCGAUUCUCAUCCACUUCACCUACCUAUGCUGUAGAAUAGAACACGCGUUGCAUUGGCAACAUGCACCCAUAGGACGCCACACGGCGCCCCUCUCGCACACAGGCGCCACGCGAACAAAAACGUGUAUACGGUUACGCACAUAUAUACAUGCAUCCAUACAGGCGGCAUGCACACGCAGAGGAGUGAUGAUUUUCACUGACUGGCUGCGUGUGUUGUAAUUCUGACAAAAAGGCAAAAAGGACCACCCACGCACACAGAUGAGAUCCAUUCCAUCGACUGGAAAGGAACAUUCAUCGAUCGAUCCCUCUGCGUUGCCCCUCUCCCCCCCUCCUUCCCUCUCUCUCCGUCGCUCUGCGACCUACCUCUGACCACCACCGACCGACGCAUCUCUCUCACCCCCUCCCUCUCUCUGCUCUUUCUGUGCCAUUUUCAACCGGUGGACGGUGUGGUAACUGCUCUCUUGAUGCAAACAGACGAACGGCUUGCAUUCAGGGGAGCGCUCGCGUACGUACAAACAUGUUUUGAAAAACACCAGCACUCAUCCAUUCGUUGACUGCAUGUGUAGCGUGCGUCGGUUGAGUGUAUGUUCAUAACACUCGGGUGACACAGCCAUCCAUCCAUCCAGCCAGCCAGCAAACCAGCAAACCAGACAGACAGACAGACAGGCAGACGAUCGAUCGAAUGAUGCAACCGCACCACACCACAUACGCGUUUACAUACAUACGUAGAAGACAGGCAGGCUUGUUCCCUUCCUUCUCUUCCCCCACCACCCAUUCCCCUCCCCUGCCCUCCCCUACCUACUUACGUACGCACAUGGUAUUAUGUAUGUACAUAAAUAAAUAGACAGGCACACACCGAUGCCUGCGACUAAACAUUUUCAAUACUCACACACACACACACACCGCUCAGCCGACAUGACGACCGCCGCCCCGCAGCCACGUGGAAAAGACGGCCAACCCCACACGGACAAAACAAAAAAGCCACGGAUAGACAUCGCCGAGCCACGGUGCCAUACAUGUGUCAUCUACUCCCCUACCUCCGCAGGCACACCGCACAGAUGCAAGCCAGGGCUCCCGCCCCCAACAAGACAAUCGGCCCACAACCACACCCCCACACCCACACCCAAUGAAUGAAUGAAUGAAUGAAUGAAUGAAUGGACACAUCCAGACGACCGACGGACCGACCGACAACACAUCACAGCACCAACAUGGACCGCCCCCCAGCUACAAGUGGUUCCUGUCUCCCUUGCCGCCCGCCUGGCCCUGUCCCGCCUUGGCCGCCGCCUUGAUGGGCGUGGAUCUCUCCUGCUCCAGCUUGCGGAAGAGCCGACUGGCGUGUGUGCGCAUGCGUUGCUUGCAGAGGCGCAGCCCUGCCCAGACGCUACCGAUGACGAAUGGGAGUGCGAUGGCCAUGCAACAGUCGGCGCUGAUUGACAGCACGCCCAAACUCACCAACGCCUUGAAUAUCGUGCUGUCGGACACGCACAAAAAAAGACAAGAGAUGGCCAAAGGGGGAAGGUGUCUCUGGGUGAUUAGGAGGGGGGAUUGUGGCUGACUUGAGCAGUUGUGCGGUGUAGUAUGAGAGGCAUAUGAAUGAGAGGCCCUCCACUGCCUCGGACAGCUGCAGCUUCAUCACGGAAUUCUUCUGCAUCUCGGACAUUCGCGAUGCCUUGCUCUCCUCCAACUCGACAAACACGCGCGUCUGAAGCAAAUCUGCCGACCAACACAGCACAACAAUUGAUCAGAGGUUUGCUGUGUGUCGUCUUUGAGGAUGGAAGGAUACCUGCGGUUCUUUGCAGUGACUUGCAGAGCUCCUCUGCACGGUACUCGGCGCUCUGACAUGUCCGGAUGGCAGGGUUCAUACGGUAGUGGACAAACGACCCUGUCAUGCAUUAACAGACACCAAAGCUACGAGCAUGCUCCUACGUCAUAUGUUGGGAGUGUACCUAGUGGCUGUAUGCCGUCGAUGCGCUCCUCUCGGAGGUGCUGCAAACGCUCUUCGAGUAUCUGGUAGUACUGGUUGGUGGCAGAGAACCUACACGAACAGACGGAAUGCCCGUGGUUGGGCGUUGACAGAAGGCGGUGUUGCCUGCCUGCGGAUACCUGAUCUGCGCCUGUGCAAACAUCUGCUCGGAUGAGAGCACCAUCUCCGUCAACUCCUGCACACAUCAUGGUGACAUUCUGUAUGGAGGGAUCCAUCGACGGAUCUUCCAUGAGUUUCUAUAUCCACCUGCAGUAGUUUGGACUCUUCCUGCGGUGACUGUAUUCGGUUAAUGGUCUUGAGGAUGUGGUGCUGCUGCGCCUGGAUGGCGUCCACUCGUCCCGUCACCUCUGUGGCCACGGGCAGGCCCAGCAGAGCCAAAAUCCGGUACACGUCCAACUCCAACAUCUGGUGAACUGAUAUAACAGCGACCAGGGGAGGGAGCACCAAACCACGCCCAUGUGUGCGGAUAUGUGUGGGUAGGGGUGGUUAAGUUAUUGCUUACUGAGGCGUCCGACUGAUCGCGAGGCCAGGUCUUGCACUAGGAUGCGGCCAAAUCCAUCUGAGUGGAUGCGGCAGUCAGUGAAGACGCGGGCGCUCUUUGAAUGCAUGUAAGAGCCGACCUACCCAUUACCCCCAAACACAUGCAUCGAUUCAAAGACCAGCUUGCGUGUUCAGUUGUGUGUCUGUGAUACCACGUAGUUGUGUGCAAACAUCUCUCUAAGCUGCCUCUGUGAGGGCGGCGGAUCGCCCUCAUCACCCUUCACCACCUGCACCAGAGAAUCACACAGUCACAACCACCCCGUCCAGUGUACAGUCCAUGAGUGCAGCGAAGCUGUGCGUACCGUCACGUGGGCCGCACAGAUGAUCGACGACGGAAGGGUUUCUAUCCAAUCGGACGGCAGACACGAAAACACUGACCUGUACGACGACACGUAGAGAGAGAAGACAGCACAGAAUGAGGUCCAUAUGGCUGGUGUCUUGUGUGCGUGCAUACUAACGUCUCGAAGGCGUUGUCUAGCGACACGUUGAACUGUGGGCAUGAUGCAGGUGUGUCGAACGGGUGGAUGUAGUGCUCGGGCGACUGGAUGAAGACAAACGACGAGAACUCCUCGGACCGCUCCCAACGCAGCUGGAACGGACCCACAUCGGCAUGGAAGUACCGCUGGCCCACCGCGGGCUCGGGAACUGAUGGAUACACGAGUCCAGACACCAAGACGAUAUAUAUCGCGUCUUUCAGCCAACGACCCCUCCUUCCUUGCCGGUCCCCUUGCCUCACUUACUAGCGUAUCUGCGGCAGAGCGAUGUGACGGCUUUGAUGGGGUCGAUGCCCACGGCCUCCUCGGCCUUCCUGCCAUCCAUGCUGUCAACCCGACCCUCACCCUCACCCUGCCGAUGCAGCAGCGCAAACAUCGAGAUGCGCGCCGGGCUGGUGAUGUGCUGCAACGGCCGGAACAGGAUCUCGUUGGCGAGCUGUUUGCGCAUAGGGUGAUUCAGGCGCUUCAUGACCGCAAAGUUGUUGACCGUCGCUGGGGUCAUCGGGAAGGGGUUGAGCAGAGGGGUGGGCAGCGGGCGCGGCUCACUGACUAGUGAAGAUGGGCUGGCCGUGCUGGCGGUGUCCUUGUGUGCCGUCCCGUUGGCAUAGAUGAUGGCGUAGAGGUCGCCAGACACGCCGCUGUGGUGGUGCAUCAGGUCCACCUCAUGUGCGUCAUGGCCAUUUUGACGAGCCAGGGAGGAAGAAGCCGACGAACAGCUCCGGUGCACGAAAGCACUGGUGCCUCCAAACGCACUUGCUGGGCCCGCCCACACACCUGGGGAACGAAAGCCAACACAAAUAUUUCCACCGCCAAUGUUUCCGUUAGUGGGAGGUGCUCAUCCUGUGUCUGCCAGUGCCAAGGGCCCACCAGAGAGCUUUCUGUUGGAGACUCCGAGGCGGCUAGCCAGGCGAUAGAGCACCAUCGUAAGCGUACGGUUUCUUCAGGGGCCGGUGAGUGCCAGCGUCAUGGUCCUUACACCGACGAACGGGCUGUGGUGUUUCCAACACGAGGAGGGAAAAGAGAAGGGAGAGAAAGACGAG